AUGGGGUGAUGUAUGGGCAGUGUGUUAAAGUAUUAGAACUUAACGAGAAGAGCGUAACGUAGUAUUUUUUAAAUGCCGCGCAUACAUCAUGGUCAGUAGUUCGUGCUCAAGAAGGCAUAGUCUGUGGUCGUAUAGAUAAUCUUUAAUCUGUGGUCGAUCAGCAGAAAGUGUCGUGUGGCUCAGUAUUUUCGAUUUUAUAAUAAAAUAAGGAUUGAAUUAAGUUAUUUUAACAAUUGUGAUGUCAGAACACGUACUACCGGCUGAAGAGCCGGUGCGGUUCGUAGCCCCGAUAAUUCAAGAUAACCCGACAGGAUGGGGCCCCUGCGAAAUGCCGGACCAAUUCAGGGAUAUGCCCUACCAGCCUUUCAGUAAAGGCGAUCGUUUGGGGAAGAUUAGUGAUUGGACUGUCGUGCAGGAUAAAAAAUACCAGAAUAAGUACGCGUCCCAAUUUGGCGCUGGUUCGUCGUAUGCAUACUUCCAUGAUGAGGACGAAAGUACUUUCCAUCUGGUUGACACGACGCGUGUGCAGAAACCACCGUACCAACGCGGCAGGGCCAGGGGACAGCGUGGCCGAGGUGCAAGAGGAGCUCGUACGCCUGGCGGUAUGACUACGUUGAGCAAGCAACGUGACCGUAAGCUUGGCAAGAGGUGGGGCCAAAGAGGUGCACCUAUGAAGAUUCGUGAUGCUUCAGUCACAGUUCGACCAACCUGGGUCACUAUUGAAGAUAUGGACUUCCCUCGUCUGGCUAAACUAUCAUUACCAGGAAUCAAGGAAGGAGAGGAUAUUGCGUGUUGCGGUACUUUGGAGUACUAUGACAAGGCUUAUGACAGAGUGAAUGUGAAACACGAAAAGCCACUUCAGCGCAUUGACCGCAUCUUCCAUACGGUCACAACCACAGAUGACCCAGUGAUCCGUCGUCUCAGUAAGACAACGGGUACUGUUUAUGCCACCGAUACCAUUCUCGCAACCAUCAUGUGCUGCACCCGCUCCAACUACUCCUGGGAUAUAGUUAUUGAGAAGAUUGGCGACAAGCUGUUUUUGGACAAGCGCGACAAUACGGAGUUUGACUUGCUGACCGUCAACGAGACGUCUGUCGAGCCGCCCGCGGACGACGGCAACUCGAUCAACUCACCGCGCAAUCUAGCGCUGGAAGCCACGUUCAUCAACCACAACUUCAGCCAGCAGGUCCUGAAAUCUGGUCCUAACGAAGCGAAGUACAAGUUCCCCGAAGCAAAUCCGUUUGUCUCCGAAGAAGAAGGAGAAGUGGCGUCCGUCGGGUACCGCUACCGCAAGUGGAACCUUAACAACGGGGUGGUUUUGGUUGCACGGUGCGAGCAUGACGCCGUCAUGCAGGGUCCUCAAAACGAGACCCAAUUCCUAACGAUCAAGGCGCUCAACGAAUGGGACUCCAAAGUCGCCAACGGGGUUGAAUGGCGGCAGAAACUCGACACACAGCGGGGUGCUGUACUCGCUAAUGAACUGAGGAACAAUUCCUGCAAGCUCGCCAAGUGGACUGUUCAGGCUCUACUAGCUGGUUCAGACCAGGUCAAGUUCGGCUACGUGUCCCGCACACAAGUGCGCGAUAACUCCCGUCACGUCAUCCUGGGCACUCAGCAGUUCAAGCCGCACGAGUUCGCUGCGCAGAUCAACCUGUCCAUGGACAACGCGUGGGGCAUACUGCGUUGCAUCAUCGACAUUUGUAUGAAGCAGAAGGACGGCAAAUAUCUGAUCAUGAAGGACCCCAACAAGCCGCUGAUCCGUCUGUACGACAUUCCCGACAACACGUUCGAGUCUGACGGCUCCGAAGAGAGUGGGGACGAGCCCGCAGACACUCCCUUCGCGCCGCUCUACUCAUACGGAAACUCCAAACGAGUUUAGAUUUCAUAUAUGAGUAUAGUUCAAGAGCCGGUGGGAAGUAUCAAUGCAUGAUUUCAUCUUUUUAUUUUAAACUAGCUGCUGGACACGUUUCUCGUCCGCGUUUAUAAUGGGAUAAAAAGUAGCCUUUUGUUACUCGGCGUUAGAUAUAUCAAGUUUAUUGGUUUCCUAAUUAAGGCAUAAACGAAGGACCCGAUUGUUUGACAUAAAUCGUAAGCCUUCCAAAUUCCACUGUUCUGUGUCAAACGAGUAGUUUGAUAUCCGUCCAUCAAGUUAGAGAAUGACUGAGUGAGUCAUCUAAGAUUGUGCUAAAAACCUACAAUGAAUACAUAUCAUCAUACUAAAUGACUCAAUGGCAAUUUAUACUAAAUAAUGAUUUUAAGGGUCUGAAUUUAGUAUAAUGAUUUGUGUUAUUGUUACUAGAAUAACUGAUCGCACUGGACUUCAUGAUAUACUUUCAAGGUUUUUAAUUGCACUCCCUAUGUUUUUUCACCAUAAACGACGAAAUCAUGUGGAAGAAGUUCCCAAUGGCUCCCUACCUAUCCAACCAAGUCUUACUUUUGUAUAACUUAAAUAAUCAGAUGUAUUAUUUCAUAUUAUUAUACAGUGAAAUAAAAGUCUUUUGGUCACA